UUUUAUUUUUUUUUUCUCCUUCUCUCUUCCUCGCCUCGGUUGUGCAGUCGUCCAUGUCUGACACGACAUACUACGUGCUCGUGGGCCUCUACCUGGCCCUGGCCGUGUUUGGCUUUAUCGGCUUUGUCAUCCGCCGCCAUCACGAGCCAAUUCGCUCUCGCGGCAUUGUGUUGUCGCUUGUAUCAACCAUGUUUGGUUCGCUCUUCUUCAUUGCACAGUCCUUCAAACUGUCCGAUCCCGAGUCUGUUCAAUGUGGCUUCAUGUGGUGGGUCUCUGCCCUCAACACUUGCACGUUCGCCGCGCCCUACUUUAUGCGCUGCUGCGUCGUCUACUUCAAGUUUAUGUGGAACAAUGAAAAGCUCAAGCGCCAAACAGCCUUCUUCCAUAGACACCGAUGGAUGAUUCGGUGGUACUCUGGCGUGGGUUUGAUUUGCCUCUUGAUCUUCUUCCACGUCAUUGUGCAAGUCGGUGUCAGCUCAAACUUCCCCAACCACUUCCCGCCGUCCAACAUUACUGUGGCCGACGAGGCCUGCGACCUCGACCCGCAGCAGCUUGCGCAGAACUCGAUUAUCGUGCUCUAUUGCGUUGUCGGCAUCUUUAUCGGCAUCAUGCUGCGCCUCAAUCAUGUGAGCGAUGCCUUCUACAUCAAGCUUGAGCUCGGAUUGAUGGUUGCAUGGAUUGUGCCAUUGUUUGUUGGCUUCUUCCUCGUCCUGGUGUCCAAGCCGGACAACUUUGAGGCUCCCUGGCUGCAGAUGGUUGCGUACACGCUGACGCUCUUAAUUUCCAUCUACUUCCCGCUGAUCAUGUCCUUUUUCGACUCGGACACUGAGUUCACCAAGUCGCAAUCGUUUGGCGAUAUCGCCGGGCUGGAAGACUCGGACGACUUGCAAAUGCACGAGCAGCAGCACGACAGCGACAGCGGUGCGUUCGACAGCGGCGCCCAUGCAUACGAUGGCCAGGCGAAUGAGGCUUCCGAGGGCGUCAUCCACGUCACGACCGAGGACGUCGACGGCGAGACCAACUCGCUCGCCAGCCAGCAACGAGCACCCGCCUCGUCGGCAGAAGUGCCGGCAUCGGAUACCCUGAACAUUAUUGACGCCACUGCGGCCUUUGGUAGCAUCAGCAACCUGAUGGCCCUUGCCAACUCCAGCAACGCGGCCGCUGCCAGCAGCAGCAGCACCACCACCACCACCCACGACGACCACAGCCACAGCAAGCACGAACACGCUGCUGCCGCGACAGCCGCCGAACCGCAUGCCAGCAACGAGGUGGUGGUUGCUGCUGUGCCUGCAGCGCAUGACCCGCAAGCCGACGCCAAGUCCGUCCGCUCCAACCGCUCUGGCUCGUCCGUGUCGUCCAACAAUGUUGCCAACACGAAGGCUCCGUCCGUGCGCCCUUCGCCAAAGGCCUCGCCUCUGCUGCCGCGCGCAAACCAGCAGCACGCCGCCACGCCCAAGAAACCAGAGGCCGAUGCUGUCUCUGUCAACUCGCGCAACGGCAAAAACCAGGCGGGCCGACGACCCAGCACGUCUGCAAGCAUUGCAUCGUCGAUAAUAACCGAGACGCUCGACGUUGUCCUCACCAACGCCAUCUACCUGGAUGCUUUCAAAAAGUUCUGCGUCCAGUCGUGGUGUGCCGAGAACAUUAACUUUUACGACGACUAUGUCGCGUACAAGGCCAAGGGCGAGGCUGUCACGCGCCAGGACUUGGACCGCAUGUGCGAAAUGUACAUCAAGCGUGGUGCCUCCAACGAAAUCAACAUUCCCCAGACUCUGCAAACCGCGACCCUCAAGAAGAUUAGCGAGGCUCACGACGGCUACAGCACGCUUCUUGACACUGUCUACCGCGCUGUUCGUCGCCAUCUCAACCAAGAUGUCUUCCCCCGCUUCCGCAAGUCGCAGCUUUUCAAGGCUGCUCGCAAGCAAGCCAUUACCACCUUCCAACCCGUUUAGUCUCGCUCUCCUUGUGCUUUGUCUUCGUUUCUUUUUUUCACUUGCACUUUUACUCGUCGCAUUUUUUUUUCGCAUGUACACACUCUUUUUUUUCCGCUGCACUUUUAUCUUUUUGUUUGGGGCGGGGAAGGACGUUUCGUUUUGUUGCCUAGCUCUUUCGAGUACAUGAGCUCUGCAAGAAAAAAAAACCUUGUCUGCUGUGUGUUCACGCAGUGUGUUUUUGGCAAAUUGAAUUUGCGCAAAGCUGCAGCUGGGCUGCCACACUCUGGACAACACGUAUGUUUUGGUUGUUCAUUGUACUCCUGUUUUUCAGUGUUGGAAGUUCCCCCUCUGUCCCUCUUUCUCUCUCCCUCCGUCCCAUUUCUAUUUCGUCUGCUGUUGUUACAUUGUCACACUGUCGGUUAUUAAAUACAAAUACUGGUUAUGAAUCCGU